AGAUGCCUGAAUAAAAAGAACAUUCCAGAAGCGUCCUCUGGGAAUGUAAUAUAUACCGAGACGCAAGUGCGAGCUCUUCACUCACGUUGCGAAUCGUCAAGCGGAGAAUUUCUUCACUGUCCUACGAAGGCGAACUUUACAAGCGAACAAAGAAAAAAGAUGGCCAAAGCACCUGCAGUUGGUAUUGAUCUCGGCACCACUUAUUCCUGCGUCGGUGUAUUCCAACACGGGAAAGUGGAAAUCAUCGCCAAUGAUCAAGGAAAUCGUACAACACCUAGCUACGUCGCAUUCACCGAAACUGAACGGUUAAUCGGCGAUGCUGCCAAAAAUCAAGUUGCCAUGAAUCCCAACAACACCAUUUUUGAUGCCAAGCGGCUAAUUGGACGUCGUUUUGAGGAUCCUACUGUUCAGGCUGAUAUGAAACAUUGGCCCUUCACUGUUGUAAACGAUGGUGGCAAGCCUAAAAUUCAAGUAUACUACAAAGGAGAGGCGAAGACUUUCUUCCCUGAAGAAGUGAGUUCAAUGGUCUUGGUAAAGAUGAAGGAAACUGCUGAGGCAUAUCUCGGCAAGACUGUCAGCAAUGCCGUGAUCACUGUGCCUGCUUACUUCAACGACUCGCAGCGUCAGGCAACCAAGGACGCUGGCACUAUCUCGGGUUUGAAUGUUUUACGUAUCAUCAAUGAGCCCACUGCUGCCGCGAUUGCGUAUGGCUUGGAUAAGAAAACUACAAGUGAACGCAAUGUCCUAAUCUUUGACCUUGGUGGUGGCACCUUCGAUGUCUCAAUUUUAACCAUCGAAGAUGGCAUUUUCGAGGUUAAAUCAACAGCAGGAGAUACUCAUCUUGGCGGCGAAGAUUUCGACAAUCGUAUGGUCAAUCAUUUUGUUCAGGAAUUCAAGCGGAAGUAUAAGAAAGAUCUGACUGCAAAUAAACGUGCUCUCCGCCGUUUGAGAACAGCUUGCGAGCGUGCGAAACGUACUCUGUCUUCGUCUACUCAAGCUAGUAUCGAAAUUGAUUCGCUCUAUGAGGGAAUUGAUUUCUACACCUCAAUCACCAGAGCUCGAUUCGAAGAACUUUGCGCUGAUCUCUUCAGAGGAACACUGGAGCCAGUGGAAAAGUCGUUACGUGACGCUAAAAUGGAUAAAGCUCAGAUCCACGAUAUCGUUCUGGUUGGUGGAUCUACACGUAUUCCCAAGAUCCAAAAAUUAUUGCAAGAUUUCUUCAACGGGAAAGAAUUGAAUAAAUCUAUCAACCCUGACGAAGCUGUAGCUUAUGGGGCUGCUGUACAAGCAGCUAUUCUACAUGGCGACAAGUCUGAAGAAGUACAAGAUUUACUGCUUCUUGAUGUAACACCUUUGUCUCUUGGAAUUGAAACCGCUGGUGGUGUUAUGACUGCCCUCAUCAAAAGGAACACUACUAUUCCAACCAAACAAACUCAAACCUUCACUACAUAUGCUGAUAAUCAACCAGGAGUACUGAUUCAAGUCUAUGAAGGAGAACGUGCGAUGACAAAGGAUAACAACUUGUUGGGUAAAUUUGAGCUCAGUGGUAUUCCACCAGCUCCUCGUGGAGUUCCUCAGAUUGAAGUCACCUUUGAUAUUGAUGCCAAUGGUAUCCUAAACGUCUCGGCAGUGGAUAAAUCUACCGGGAAAGAGAACAAAAUUACCAUUACCAACGAUAAGGGUCGUCUUAGUAAAGAAGACAUUGAGAGAAUGGUCAAUGAAGCUGAGAAAUAUCGUAGUGAGGAUGAAAAGCAAAAAGAAACUAUCGCUGCUAAGAAUGGUCUUGAGUCUUACUGCUUUAACAUGAAGAGCACAGUGGAAGAUGAAAAACUAAAAGAUAAGAUCAGCGCCAGUGACAAGCAAGUUGUAUUAGAUAAAUGCAAUGAUAUCAUUAAAUGGCUCGAUGCUAAUCAGCUGGCUGAUAAAGAAGAAUAUGAACAUAAACAAAAAGAAUUGGAGGCUAUAUGUAAUCCUAUUGUCACGAAACUCUAUCAGGGUACUGGAGGAAUGCCUGGUGGAAUGCCUGGUGGAAUGCCUGGUGGUUUCCCAGGAGCUGGAGCUGGUGCCCCUGGCGGUGGUGCAUCUGGUGGCCCUACCAUCGAAGAAGUCGAUUAA